UUCAGGACUUCUAAUAUUUACAAUGAAAUCUUUUAAAGGCGAUGGUAAAAUCUGAAGCCACCUGGGAGUACAGUGUUGGAAACGUAGGGUGUUUUCCCACAAACAAUGUGAAGGUCUUUUUUGUCAAAGAGGCAAUUUUGAUAAUAACAACAGCUACCAAUUUUGCAUUUUGAUAGCCGGACCGGCUGCUAUUUUGUCUGGGUGCACACCGGGUCUCGUGUGAUCGGGUUUUAUUUUUUAAUUGAAAAAAAAAGGUUAAAAAAUAGAAGAAAAAGGAAAAUUACUUGAGAUGCCAAAUACUGUCGAGAGAAGCAUAUUCUCCCUCCUCCCCACACCCACCGGAGACGUGGACCCUUCUUCUUUACAGGCUUAGGAGUUGCGGGAGCCGACCAGGGGUUUUCUCCCGCGCCCGCUGCCCGCGCCCCCGGACCCUCGGGCGUGGGAGAUUUAUUUCCUCCUCCCGCUGAUUUCUAAACAAACUUGCGGAAGGGGGAGGGGGGUAAGAAUCCCCCCCAGGAGCGCGGAGUCGGGUUGUUUUUGUGGUUUUUUUUUUUUUGUCUUUUUUUUUUUUCUUUUAUUUCUUGUCAUCCUCGGCGGAUUCCAGCAGGCUGCCGGGGAUUUCACCCCCUCGCCCCCCGGCUCUGCUUUUGUCCUUUCCCCGCCGGCCAGCGCAGCCCCCCCGGCACUGAGGCCGCCGCGGAGCCCCCCCGGCCGCGGGGCGCCCGGCUCCUGCCCUUUGCUUUCCCACCCCGUCCCCGCCUGCCAAGGAAAGGCACAUGUUAAUACCACCCGGCGCGGUCAUUUUCUGCUACUGCUGCUGCGGGCUCCUCCGUCCGAGACAGAUGUUGCGAAACCAAGGCCUCCUCAAGUGCCGCUGCCGCAUGCUCUUCAAUGACCUGAAGGUCUUCCUGCUGCGGAGACCCCCCGCGCCGCCGCCGCCCUCCCCGCCGCCGCCGCUCCCCAUGCCCGGCGGCGCAGAGGCGGCGGCGGGCGGCCCGGCGGGGGCCGCUCCGCCCGGGGGCCGCGGGCCCGGCUGGCGGGCGGCGGCGGGGGGCGGCGGCGGCGGCGGCGGCGGCGGCGGAGCGGGCAGCCCGGCCGCCGAGGAGUGGGGCAGCCCCGCCGGGGAGCCGCCCGCCUCCCUGCCCAGCAGCACCUCCUCGGAUGACUUCGGCAAGGGCAAGGCCGAGGACCGCUACUCGCUGGGCAGCAGCGUCGACAGCGGCAUCCGCACGCCGCUCUGCAGGAUCUGCUUCCAGGGGCCCGAGCAGGGGGAGUUGCUGAGCCCGUGUCGAUGUGACGGAUCGGUGAAGUGCACGCACCAGCCAUGUCUGAUCAAAUGGAUUAGCGAGAGAGGCUGCUGGAGCUGUGAGCUGUGUUACUACAAGUAUCACGUCAUUGCCAUAAGCACAAAGAACCCUCUGCAGUGGCAGGCCAUCUCUCUGACAGUCAUUGAGAAGGUUCAGAUAGCAGCGGCCAUCCUGGGUUCCCUCUUCCUCAUCGCCAGUAUCUCGUGGCUCAUCUGGUCGACCUUCAGUCCUUCAGCCAAAUGGCAGCGCCAGGACCUGCUCUUCCAGAUCUGCUAUGGAAUGUAUGGCUUCAUGGACAUUGUCUGUAUAGGUCUAAUAAUACACGAAGGGCCCUCGGUUUACCGGAUUUUUAAACGGUGGCAGGCGGUCAAUCAGCAGUGGAAAGUGCUGAACUAUGACAAAACAAAGGACAUGGAGGAACAAAAAACAGGGACCAGGACAAAUCAGCGCCCCUCCUCCCAAACCACCCACUCGUCCUCCACUGGUGGUACAGCCACUAACUCCGCUCCAGCCGACAGCGGGGCACGGGCUGCCGGCCAUGCCACAGGCACCCUCUCUGACCACCACUGUGCUUAUACCAUCCUGCAUAUACUCAGCCACCUGAGGCCUCACGAACAGAGGAGUCAGUCUAGUAGUAACAGAGAGCUCGUCAUGAGGGUGACGACGGUCUGAACCAAGGAAUUCAGGAGGCCUUAACAUGAAGCGGAGGAGGCAAAGAACUAUAAAGCAGAGGAGCAUGGUGUGCCUUUUUCUUUCUCGUUCCUUUUUUUCCUUUUUUUUUUCUCUUCUCCUUUUCUUUUUCGGUAACUGCACAAAAUAUAAGAGGCGGCACCUGGCCAGCUGAGGAAAAAAACAGGUGGAGGGAGAGCUGCACACUCAUGCUAAAGAGGUUCAUGUUUUCCAGCCAGUUUAGAAAAAAAAAAAAAAAAAAGAAAACCUAACAACACAAAUCACAAAAAAACCAACAAAACAAGUGCAAUACAGACUACAAACUGAGUAGGCAGAGUUCUGGGGACGCAGAGGAACAGGUGGUUUAGCAUGUCUUACAAAUCCUAUUACCUGGAAUAGGUAACACUCUGUACACACCCCCUGUACACACACGCACACAGACAAACACACACACACACACAGUGUGAGAUUUAUAAAAACAAGGAAGGGAACGAAAUAUUUGGAGUAUUUUUGUUUUCCAGACUGUGAUUAACUGGGGCUAUGAGUUGUUUUGUUUCAUGAGUCACUCUGGAGCCUUGUUCGAUUUACCAUAGGGUAGCUGAAGUGAAAUGGCUGGGGAUUUUUCAGUAUUGAUUUACAGAAAGAGAGAUUGAAUCAUCUCACCAAGAAAAUCUAACAAAACCCAGGCGUAGCCAAAUUUCACCAAAAUAAAAAACCUGGGUCUUUCAUAACGUUCCUGACAAAGGG